CUCAGUCCAAGAUGGCGGAGGGUGGCGAGGGCCUGGCGGCCGUCCCCGAACACGAGCGGAUCCUGCAGGAGAUCGAGAGCACCGACACCGCCUGCGUGGGACCCACCCUUCGGUCUGUAUAUGAUGGCCAACCAAAUGCACACCAGAAAUUCAUGGAAAAACUAGACGCUUGUAUUCGCAAUCAUGAUAAAGAAAUUGAAAAGAUGUGUAAUUUUCAUCAUCAGGGCUUUGUAGACGCUAUUACAGAACUCCUUAAAGUAAGAACUGAUGCAGAAAAACUUAAGGUCCAAGUUACUGAUACCAACUGCAAGCUUCAAGAUGCUGGAAAAGAGGUGAUAGCUCAAACAGAAGAUAUCAUUCGAUGUAGAAUUCAGCAGAGAAAUAUUACAACUGUAGUAGAAAAAUUGCAAUGUUGUCUUCCAGUCUUGGAAAUGUACAGUAAACUAAAAGAACAGAUGAAUGCAAAAAGGUACUACUCUGCUCUAAAAACUAUGGAACAAUUAGAAAAUAUUUAUUUUCCUCGGGUUAGUCAAUACCGGUUUUGUCAGAUAAUGAUAGAAAAUCUUCCAAAACUCAGGGAGGAUAUAAAAGAAAUCUCCAUGUCUGAUCUCAAAGACUUUUUAGAGAGCAUUCGAAAACAUUCCAAUAAAAUAGGUGAAACAGCAAUGAAACAGGCUCAGCAACAGAAAAUUUUUAAUGUUAUUCUACAGAAGCAAAAUAAUAUAAAUAUGGGCAGGAACAUGUGUAUAACUAAUGGCAAAAUUCUGCAAGAAAGAAAUGAAGUAACAUCGACAUAUGUAUUUGAGGAAGAAGAUGAGAAUGAGGAGGAGGUACUAACUGUGCAGGAUCUUGUUGAUUUUUCACCAGUUUAUAGGUGUUUGCACAUUUAUUCAGUCUUGGGCGAUGAAGAGACAUUUGAAAAUUACUAUAGAAAACAACGAAAGAAACAAGCAAGAUUAGUAUUGCAGCCCCAACCUAAUAUGCAUGAAACAGUUGAUGGUUAUAGAAGAUAUUUCAGUCAAAUUGUAGGGUUCUUUGUGGUGGAGGAUCACAUUUUGCAUGUGACCCAAGGAUUAGUAACCAGGGCAUAUACUGAUGAACUUUGGAACAUGGCACUUUCAAAGAUAAUUGCUGUUCUUAGAGCUCAUUCAUCUUAUUGCACUGAUCCUGAUCUUGUUUUGGAGCUGAAGAAUCUUAUUGUUGUGUUUGCAGAUACUUUGCAGGGUUAUGGUUUUCCAGUGAAUCGAUUGUUUGACCUGUUAUUUGAAAUAAGGGAUCAAUACAAUGAAACCCUGCUUAAGAAGUGGGCUGGAGUAUUCCGGGAAAUUUUUGAGGAAGAUAAUUGUAGUCCUAUUCCAGUAGCAAAUGAAGAAGAAUACAAAAUAAUCAUUAGUAAGUUUCCCUUCCAAGAUCCAGACCUUGAAAAGCAUUCUUUCCCAAAGAAAUUCCCAAUGUCUCAGUCAGUGCCUCAUAUUUAUAUUCAAGUUAAAGAAUUUAUUUAUGCAAGUCUUAAAUUUUCAGAGUCACUUCACCGGAGUUCAACAGAAAUAGAUGACAUGCUUAGAAAAUCGACAAAUCUGCUGCUGACAAGAACUUUGAGUAGCUGUUUACAGAACCUUAUUAAAAAGCCUCACAUAGGUCUGACAGAGCUAGUGCAAAUCAUCAUAAACACAACACACCUGGAACAAGCCUGUAAAUACCUUGAAGACUUUAUAACUAACAUAACAAAUAUUUCCCAAGAAACAGUUCACACUACAAGACUUUAUGGACUUUCUACUUUUAAGGAUGCUAGACAUUCAGCUGAAGGUGAAAUAUAUACUAAACUCAAUCAAAAAAUUGAUGAAUUUGUUCAGCUUGCUGACUAUGACUGGACAAUGUCUGAGCCAGAUGGAAGAGCCAGUGGAUAUUUAAUGGAUCUUAUUAAUUUCUUACGAAGCACUUUUCAAGUGUUUACUCACUUGCCAGGAAAAGUUGCUCAGACAGCUUGCAUGUCAGCCUGCCAGCAUCUGUCAACAUCCUUAAUGCAGAUGUUAUUGGACAGUGAGUUAAAACAGAUAAGCAUGGGAGCUGUUCAGCAGUUUAACUUAGAUGUCAUACAAUGUGAAUUGUUUGCUAGCUCUGAGCCUGUGCCAGGAUUCCAGGGGGAUACCCUGCAGUUAGCAUUCAUUGACCUCAGACAACUUCUUGACCUCUUUAUGGUAUGGGACUGGUCUACUUACCUAGCUGACUAUGGACAACCAGCUUCUAAAUACCUUCGAGUAAAUCCAAAUACCGCCCUUACCCUUUUGGAGAAAGUCCAUAGAGGGAUGAAGGAUACCAGCAAAAAGAACAAUAUAUUUGCUCAAUUCAGGAAGAAUGAUCGAGACAAGCAGAAGCUAAUAGAGACAGUUGUGAGACAGCUGAGAAGUUUAGUCAAUGGUAUGUCACAGCAUACAUAAAAGUUAUAGCACUUGUCCCCGUUGGUGCCAAUUAGCCCAUACUUUUACUUUACAAGCACUGGUCAUGUUUUGGACAUUUCGCUUUACUAAUUACAGAUAUACUGCAGAAAAAGGAUAUUGAUGAAGGCUUAAACGAGAAGACUGUAAUAACUAUUAUUUGUAUGUAUUUUUAAAUAAUUGAAUACUAUUUUAUAUAUGGUAAAUUGUACAUUGAUGACUUUUUUCAUCAUCAAGAAAAGUUAUAACUGUAAAAUAUAAAAUCAGGUUAGUCAAAUUGUACAUGAAGCAAAUGAAUUGUAAAUAUGUUUUUCAAAAUAUAUAGCCCUUCUUGCAAGUAUUUUUCUCUAGUUACAUUUGAGUAACUUGUUUUUCAUCAGUGCCUGGUUUCUAAAUACAGUAACAGAUAAUGCCUGGUAGUAAAGUAUUUCAUUGUCAUUUUAUGACUUUUAGUUUUAUUUUCACCAUUGUAUGUUUUAAGAUGGCAAAACUUUCUAACUGGGCUGUUCAUAAGGAAAACUAGAGAAAUCUUUAAAGCUACCUGAAACCAAACUUGAUAUUUAUUCAGAGUAAGAAUGUAUACUUCUCUGUUCUACUUGGGUGGUUCCAUUUAAUAGUAUUUGAAAGUGAAGAAUAAUUUUUGGGCUCUCUAAAUUGUUUGAACUCUCUAAAGAUGCAUUUUUGUUUCUGUUCCUCAGGGUUAAUAUUUCUAACUAUACUAUUUAUAGCCAAUCCUACUCUAGGGUUUUUGGUAGAAUUUAAAAGAAAGGAUAAGAACUAAGAAUCUAAUCUGCAGCCUCUGCUGGUAUGAAUAUGUUUGCACAUAAAAUAGUCACCACUGUGAUCUCAGCAAUGUAUUCUCCCUAUGGGAACAGAAAAAGUACAAGCCAAAUGAACUAUGGAAAACAUAAAAAAGAAUGUACAUUUUCCUCUCUUUGUUAUCCAUGGUCCAAUGUAAAUCUUAUCCUUAUUUUUGGAGAAUUAGAAUGUUUCUUGCAUUUCUUAUCAUGUUAUAUAAUCGCCUUUGCAUUUUUUUCUGGAUUUGUGCUUAUAAGAAACUCAUACUUGACCCUGUAAAAUGUCUGUACAAUCAAUUUCUUGAUUUUGUGAUGAAAUAUUAAAAUGUUGAACAAGUUGUUGAAAA